UUUUCAAUUCCGAUUGCUUAAGCUUUCGACUGAAUUUAUCUAAGCAUCCAAUGGCGCCAAAAGCCGAGAAGAAACCCGCCGAGAAGAAGCCGGUGGAAGAGAAGAAGGCCGUAGUCGAGAAAGCCCCAGCGGAGAAGAAGCCAAAGGCUGGGAAGAAGUUGCCGAAGGAAGGUGUUGCGGCUGCCGUUGACAAGAAGAAGAAGAGAUCGAAGAAAAGUAUUGAGACAUACAAGAUCUACAUCUUCAAGGUGCUGAAGCAAGUUCAUCCAGACAUCGGAAUCUCCAGCAAGGCCAUGGGAAUCAUGAACAGCUUCAUCAACGACAUUUUCGAGAAACUGGCUCAGGAGUCUUCUAAGUUGGCUCGCUACAACAAGAAGCCGACCAUCACUUCCAGGGAGAUUCAGACUGCUGUGCGACUUGUUCUUCCUGGUGAAUUGGCCAAGCACGCCGUUUCUGAAGGUACCAAGGCGGUUACGAAAUUCACUAGACAAAAGAAACCGGCGGCGGAGAAGCCAGCCGAGGAAAAGAAAUCCGUCGCCGAGAAAGCACCGGCGGAGAAAAAGCCCAAAGCUGGGAAGAAGCUUCCGAAGGAAGGCAGCGCCGCUGCCGUAGACAAGAAGAAGAAGAGAUCGAAGAAGAGCGUAGAGACUUACAAGAUCUACAUCUUCAAGGUGCUGAAACAGGUUCAUCCAGACAUAGGAAUUUCCAGCAAGGCCAUGGGUAUCAUGAAUAGCUUCAUCAACGAUAUCUUCGAAAAACUUGCUCAAGAAUCGUCCAAAUUGGCUCGCUACAACAAGAAACCCACCAUCACCUCCCGGGAGAUCCAGACCGCCGUUAGGCUUGUUCUUCCCGGUGAACUGGCCAAGCACGCCGUUUCUGAGGGUACAAAGGCGGUGACUAAGUUCACAAGUUCUUAAAACCCUAAUUAGGCGAAAGAAAUUGAAAACGGAAACGAAGUAGAGUAGAACGCUGUUUUAAUUAUUACGAUGUGUUGAUGUAUUUGUGAUCUUUUGGGUUUCUCAAUUUCUUCAAAUAUAGUUGCUUAUGAUUUGUAAAUGCUUCUUUGAUGCUUUAUUGGCUAUCUGAUGCUCUUAUCAUGAACAAUUUCCCAUUUGAAUUUGAUGGGUUUGGUUAAUCU